GCAAGGUAACCUCCAAUUGAACAGUUACCAGAGUAGCAGUUAGGUGAGCGGAGCAAGACGAAAAAACGGGUAUAAAAGCGACCCGUGAAAUGGUUAUAGUGCCACAUUGAAAAGAACAGCAGAGAAAGAAGAUGGAGGGAAGAUCAAACAGUAUUCUCGUCAAUGGAAUGCAAUUCUCUUACGAUUUCCAAAGUCCUAUCUUUUUCGAUUUCAGCCUAAAGAUUUCUCCCGGAUCUCGAUGUCUCCUUGUCGGUGCAAAUGGAUCCGGAAAGACGACACUGUUGAGGAUAUUGGCGGGAAAGCAUAUGGUGGGAGGAAGAGAUGUAGUGAAGGUGCUGAAUUUUUCAGCAUUUCAUGACACCCACCUCGUCUGUGAUGGUGAUUUGGCAUACCUAGGAGAGUCCUGGAGCAAAAAUGCUGGCUCUGCUGGAGAGAUUCCACUUCAGGGAGAUUUUUCAGCAGAACAUAUGAUAUUUGGAGUCGAAGGAGUCGAUCCAGUUCGGCGAGAGAAGUUGAUUGAGCUGCUGGAUAUUAAUCUGCAAUGGCGUAUGCACAAGGUAUCUGAUGGUCAGAGACGCAGAGUUCAAAUCUGCAUGGGUCUCCUUCACCCCUAUAAGGUUCUUUUGCUGGAUGAGGUUACAGUUGACUUAGAUGUUGUAGCAAGGAUGGAUUUGUUGGACUUCUUUAAGGAAGAAUGCGAACAGAGAGGAGCUACUAUUGUCUAUGCAACACAUAUAUUUGAUGGACUGGAGUCCUGGGCAACAGAUCUUGUUUACAUCCAAGAUGGAGUUCUGAAGAGGUCUGAGAAAUUACCCGAGCUUCCCGAGUUGAAGUCUUCCCCCAAUUUGCUUUCAGUAGUUGAGAACUGGUUGAGGUCUGAGACCACGAUUGAGAAAAAGAAGCCGGUUAUCGCCCCACCAAAAGUUCAGAAAUCCUCUCCUUUUGGCUCUUCUCCGUUUCAGUCAUCUAGACAUAUGGCAUAUUUCCGCUGAUUUAUGCGUUCUGUAUUCAGAGUGGAAUAAAACCUUGUAGGAUUUAUGCGUUCUGUUUUUGCUGAUUUAUGCAUUCUUCAGUAUGAGCAGCUGGGGUAAUGCUGUCGCUAUCACGGGCUACACCCUUGGCUGAAUUCAAAAGUAGGAAUUAUGGCAACUCGGGUUAAAGUUACAUGUUGAAGCCCUGAGGAUGUGCCUUUAGUGCAAGUAUUAUAGUAUUCCAUUCCUAUAUGUAUACUAGUCACAAGCAAUUUCAUGUAACACCAAGCUGCCAAAAUAUUUUUUCUUCCUUCACAUUUGACUCUGCAAAUUCAUCAA